AUGGCCCAGACGCAGACCUCCUCUGACAAGGUGUCCGUCCUGGCCAUCCUCCAGGUCCUUGGCGAUCUGCUCUCUGUCGGCACAGACCGGAGGAUCCACUACAUGAUCAGCAAGGGCGGCAGCGAGGCCCUGCUGCGCGUCCUGGUGGACACAGCGCGGACCCCAGACCCCGACUACGAUGUCCUCCUGCCGCUCCUCCGGCUGCUGGCCAAAGUUGGUUUGCGAGAUAAAAAGUUCGGACAGAAAGCACUGGACUUAGAAGCGCUCGAUGUGACGUUGAUUCUGGCCAGGAAAAGCCUGGCUCACAGCUACCACCUCCUUCACUACCUCUGGGUUCUGCGUGUUUCUGCCUCCAGUGUAACUACGGCAGCCAUGCUAGGGAUUAAUGGAGCGAUGGAACUGCUUUUCAAGGUCAUUACUCCUUAUUCACGGAGGCACACCCGAACAGUCAGGGCAGCCACGGAAGUUCUGGCAGCACUGCUGAAAUCCAAGUCCAACAGCCGCCGGGCGGUGAACAGAGGCUACGUGGCCAGCUUGCUCAGGCUGCAUCAGGACUGGCACAGCCAUGACACGGACCACACCUACGUGACGAUCCGCCGGGGACUCCUGCUCUGCCUCAAGCACAUCGCCACGCUUCGGUCAGGCCGAGAGGCCUUCCUGGCGGCCCAGGGCCUGGAGACCCUCCUCGGCAUGGCACAGCGCUGCCUGGACCAGGAAAGCGCGGAGCCUGCCGUCUCCGCCAUGCUCCAGACCCUCCGGCAGGGCCAUCCCAGGAGCCCGCUCCCCCUGCUCACCGCCAAGAGUGCCUACGCCUUCCCAGACACCAGCGCCACCCCAGAGCCGCCACACGCCCUCACUGAAGAGGAUUUUGAAGACAACAGUGAUGAGGAGGUGGACAAAGACUCGGAAUCUGAUCCCGCAAAAGAGGAGGAUGACGACUUAGAAACGGAUGUGGACAAGCUGAGUGCCAAGCCUGGUCUAGACCGACCCGAAGAGGAGCUGGCACAGUACCAGCACAUGUGUCCGGAGCUCUCCUGUAGCUUUGAGGAACUGCAGUCCCCAUUGGGAUAUGAUUUGAACCUGGAAGACACCCAGCAUGCCAAUCACCGCCACAUUCCCACGGUCACCUUCCCGGGACAGCGUUGCUUCAACAAAGACCACAGCUCGUGGGGGCCAGAAAGAACAAAUCCGGCCUCGGCCUCCCUCCUGCGCAGGGUGAAGACGGGGAGAUCCUUCAAAAGAAGGCCUUCAGUGAAUGCACCCCCAAACACGCAGACCAGCAGCACUGGGACAGAAGAUCCUUCCGGAAAUGAUGCCUCCGGCAUCCAGGCCUUCCCAGAAGAGGAUGCUUGGGACAGAGAAGCUAUUUCUUGUCCAAGGAUACGUGACUUCUCCAAUUCCACCAAGCCUGGAGAAACUGCUGGAGUCAUGGAACAGCUUCUGCGUGCACACCACAAGCAAAUCCCUUUCCAUGACCCUCGUGUUUACAUGGCCAAAGCCCAAAGAACCAGGUCUGCAGUGGACUUCGAGAUGGUGGCCUUCCCUGACCUCUGGGGACAUUGCCCGCCUUCCUGUGCCCAGCCCAUGCUGGAGCGCAGACGGGGCAUCCAAAGGAUCAAGAUAUUGGAGGAUGUCCGGAGGCUCACCCAGCCAAACGACAUUAUCAACAGAGUCGUCUUCAGUUUGGAUGAGCCUUGGACUUUGCAAGACACCACACCCGGUUGCUUAAGGUUCUUCUCCAAGUUUGAGUCAGGAAAUCUUCGCAAAGCUAUCCAAGUGCGUGAGUUCGAGUACGACCUGCUGACCAAUGCUGACGUGAACAGCUCUGAGCACCAGCAGUGGUUCUACUUCAGGGUGAGCGGCAUGAGGGCGGCGGUGCCUUACCGCUUCAACAUCAUCAAUGGCGAGAAGCUCAACAGCCAGUUCAAUUAUGGGAUGCAGCCCACCCUGUACUCUGUGAAGGAAGCGCUCCUCGGCAGAGCCGGAUGGAUACGGACAGGCGAUGAGAUCUGUUACUACAAGAAUCAUUACUGCCAGCACACCACCGCGGCAGGGGGAACGAAGCACUAUUACACCCUGACCUUCUCCGUCACCUUCCCACACAGCGACGAUGACUGCUACCUGGCUUACCACUAUCCCUACACCUACACUGCCCUCAUGACUCACCUUGACCUCUUGGAAAAAAGUGUGGAUCCCCAGCGAGUGUACUUCCGGCAAGGUGUUCUCUGCCAGACCCUGGGCGGGAACCCCUGCCCUUUGGUGACCAUCACGGCCAUGCCUGAGACCAGCAGUCCUGACCAGCUGGAACAGUUUCGACACCGCCCCUACCAGGUGAUCACCGCCAGAGUCCAUCCCGGGGAGAGCAACUCCAGCUGGGUGGCCAAGGGGGCCUUGGAGUUCCUGGUGAGCGAGGACCCCGUGGCCAGGCUCCUGAGGGAGAACUUUGUCUUCAAGAUCAUCCCGAUGCUCAACCCCGACGGUGUGGUCCACGGCAACCACAGGUGCUCGCUGAGAGGGGAGGAUCUGAACCGGCAGUGGCUCUCUCCCCGCGCGCACCUCCAGCCGACGGUUUACCACGCCAAAGGACUCCUGUACUACCUGACGAGCAUCGGCCGCAGGCCCGUGGUCUUCUGUGAUUUCCACGGCCACUCCCAGAGGAAGAACGUGUUUCUCUACGGGUGCAGCGUGAAGGAGACGCUGUGGCAAGCGGGCUGCGCCGUGGGGGCCUCUGGUCUCGUGGAGGAUGUCAGCUACAGGACUCUGCCUCGGAUUCUGGAUAAGCUGGCGCCAGCCUUCACGAUGAGCAGCUGCAGCUUCUCCGUGGAGAAGUCUCGAGCCUCCACAGCCAGGGUGGUGGUGUGGCGGGAGAUGGGCGUGGCCAGGAGCUACACCAUGGAGACCAGCUACUGCGGCUGCACCCAGGGUCCCUACCAGGGUCUGCAGUUUGGAACCAGCGAACUCCAGGAGAUGGGAGCCAUGUUCUGCUUGGGCCUCCUCAUCUUGGAGCUCAAGUCCGUCAGCUGCAGUCAUCAGCUCCUGGCCCGGGCCGCCGCGCUGCUGAACGGCGAGGAGGACGCACUGGACCAGCACCUUCAGAGAUGCGGCGGUGGCAGCGGAGGCGGCGGCCGCAGCUCCUCUCCCGAGCUCGACGACGAGCCGCCGUGCUUGGAAGAGAUCGACUACAGCGGGGACAGCAGCUCGGACCAGGAGGCCAGCCUCCCCGAGCUGGACAGGCAGAUUCAGGAGUGCGCCUCCCACCGGGAGGGGGGAGAGGGAGAAGAAGAAGAAGAGGAGACAGGGCAGACAAGAGCCACGCCAUUGUCCUGA